CCCUAGCUCUUUACCGUCAUGGCGCAGGCGAGGGGGCACUACGGACGACGAGACAAGCAAACUGGACUAAGUUAAAAAGAAGAAAAAGUGCAGAUUUGUUAUCGUCUUGAGGAGUACUAUUGAUCGAACAUAGGUUGACGUUUAGUUUCAUCGAUAUUUGGGUUGUGGCUGAGCUGCCAGAAUGAUGUCGGACGCCAGUGAGAUGUUGGCGGCGGCGCUGGAGCAGAUGGAUGGCAUCAUCGCGGGCUCCAAGGCUCUGGACUACUCCAACGGCAUGUUUGACUGCCAGUCGCCGACGUCGCCGUUCAUGGGCGGGCUGCGGGCGCUGCACCUGCUGGAGGACCUGCGCGGCGUGCUGGAGAUGAUGGACGGCGACGAGAGGGAGGGCCUCCGCUGCCAGAUCCCCGACUCCACCGCCGACAGCCUGGUGGAGUGGCUGCACGGGCCCUUGUCAAAUGGCCACAUCCCUAUGAGCACCGACCUUUACCAGGACAGACUCGCUCGGUUUGAAAGUGACAAGGAGUCCCUAGUGCUUCAGGUGAGUGUGCUGACGGACCAGGUGGAAGCACAAGGGGAAAAGAUCAGGGACCUCGACCUGUGCCUUGAUGAACACCGGGAAAAGCUAAACGCCACAGAGGAGAUGCUUCAACAGGAGCUGCUGUGCCACUCGGCUCUGGAGACGCAGAAGCUGGACCUGCUGACCGAGAUCUCCACCCUGAAACUCAAGCUGGGCGCCGUGGAGAAAGACCGGCUGGACUUCCACGAGCAGUUCAGAGACGGCGAGACUUUAAUCCUGGAGAUCAAUGAGCUGAGGUACAGGGUGAACGAGAUGGAGAGCGAGAGGCUACAGUAUGAGAAGAAGCUCAAGUCUACCAAGUCGCUAAUGGCCAAGCUCUCUAGCCUGAAAAUCAAAAUGGGCCAGAUGCAGUAUGAGAAACAGAGGAAGGAGCACAAAAUCCAGGCGCUGAAGGAGGAGCUGAUGAUGCUGCACCAGCAGCUGGACGGGAGGGACGGAGAGCUGCGGAGGCUGCAGGACGAGACGGGCUACCGCGCGGUCACGCCCGCAGGAGCCGACGGCGGAGAGAGAGUCUCCCUCACAGAGGAAACUUAUAAAAAGAGGCUGAAAGAGAAACAUGUGGAGGUGCAGAGAAUGAAGAAAGCCAUGGAGUCGUUAAUGGCUGCCAAUGAGGAGAAGGACCGCAAGAUUGAGGAGCUUCGGCAGUCUGUAGCUCGGUACAAGAAGGUACAGGAGAUGGUGAUGCAAGUUCAAGGGAAAAAAGAUAAAGUGAAAGAUGGAGAAAGUGAUGGGAGUCAUAGCGACAGCUCUGGCUCGGUGUCAACGGCCCUCUCGGUCGCCAUGGAGGUGGAGAAGCUGGCGCUGGCCGGCCUGGAGGAAGCAGAGGGGCGGGACCUGGACGAGGAGCCGUCCCUCACCCCCACCCCCCCUGCCAGGCCAGACCCCACCCAGAGCCUGGAGCAGGAGCAGGAGCCUGCGCUGCCAGACAGUACCCCAGAACCACCCACAUCUGGCAGCCAAGACCACCUGGACAUCAGCAGCAGUGAGAAGAGGCCGCUGGCGGUGCAGGAAAGGCCAUCGGAGGCAAAUGACAGCUUGUUUCUUCUCCUCAAGAGCAAAGCCCAGGAGGAGAUGAACAAGAUCACCUGCCUGCCCCCCAAGUCCCCCCCCACCGCCCGCGCCACACUCGAGGAGGACAGCAGCUUCGGAACCAAGAAGGCGCGCUCCUCCUUCGGCCGGGGCUUCUUCAAGAUCAAAGGGGGCAAGAGGACGGCCAGCACCCCCAACCUGGACCGCGGGCGAAGUGCGAGCGCCCCUAUGCUAGCGGAGACGGAGCGAGAGGGAACAGACCACCUAGAUCUGGCUGGGAUGCCACAGCGCUCGGCAGACAGCGACAGCACAAACACACUCCCCACGUCACCGGAAGGCAAGAAGAAGUCAAAGGGAAUCAAAGCUUUGUUUGGAAAGUUGCGGAGGAGUCAGUCGACCUCGUUCAACCUGGAUGACAAUCUGCCGGAGGGCGACUUCAAGAGAGGAGGUGUCCGGGCCACGGCAGGCCCCCGCCUGGGCUGGUCACGGGACCUGCAGAACAGGAGUGAGCUGGACGCACCGUUUGCGCGUUGGAGUCGGGAGCAGGUGUGUGAGUGGCUGCAGGAUCAGGGCAUGGGCCUGUACGUGAGUCUGGCUCGCCAGUGGAUCUCCUCUGGCCAGACUCUACUGCAGGCCUCACAGCAUGACCUGGAGCGGGAGCUGGGCAUUAAGCACCCUCUGCACAGGAAGAAGCUGCAGCUGGCCCUCCAGGCCCUGGGCUCAGAGGAGGAGGACGGCAAGGGCAAACUGGACUACCACUGGGUCACCAGGUGGCUGGAUGACAUUGGCCUGCCCCAGUACAAGACGCAGUUUGACGAGGCCAGGGUGGAUGGGCGGAUGCUCCACUACAUGACUGUGGAUGACUUGCUGUCUCUGAAAGUGGGCAGUGUGCUGCACCACCUGAGCAUCAAGAGGGCCAUCCAGGUGCUGCGUCUCAACAACUACGAGCCCAACUGCCUGCGCCGCCGGCCCUCCGACGAGAGCAACAUCACUCCGGCGGAGAUCUCCCAGUGGACCAACCACCGCGUGAUGGAGUGGCUGCGCUCCGUGGACCUGGCCGAGUACGCGCCCAACCUGCGGGGAAGCGGCGUCCACGGGGGACUCAUGGUCCUGGAGCCGCGCUUCAACGUGGAGACCAUGGCCCUGCUGCUGAACAUCCCCCCCAACAAGACGCUGCUGCGGCGCCACCUGGGCACCCACUUCACCCUGCUGGUGGGCAGCGAGGCGCAGCAGGCCAAGCAGGAGUGUGUGGAGCACCCCGACUACACACUCCUCACCGCCACCGCCAAGGUCAAGCCCAGGAAACUGGGCUUCGGCACCCUGACGAGGAAGAAGAAGCAGGAGGAUCGGGAGGAGUAUGUGUGCCCCAUGGACGUGGAGAUGCCCAAGGGGCGCAGCUUCCAGAAGGGCUACCGGGGCAUGGAGCUGCAGAUCUACGAGGAUGACCUGGACCGGCUAGAACAGAUGGAGGACUCGGAGGGCACAGUGAGGCAGAUUGGAGCCUUCUCAGAGGGAAUCAAUAACCUGACGAGCAUGUUGAAAGACGACGAUAUGUUUAAGGAGAUCUCCAGUUCGCCCAAUCCCAGCGUGACGGAUGACGACUCUAAUGUUUGACACUAUUGUGCGAGGAGCCUUGCCGAGGCGCCCACUCCUCUAGAUGCUGCUGCGAUGACUGCCAAACCUGUGCCAACCUGCACCCCUCCUCCCUCGUCCCUCCUCCCUGGGGCAGUGCCAGUCUUGAUGCCCGCUCCACCCUCAGACUCCUUCUGACAGACAAGACAGCUCAUAGUCUCGGUGCCAACACCACCUCUGCUACAGUAUACUAAGGCCAUGACCUUAAACGUUAGUGUUCACAUUACAAAACAGCAUCGCUCCGUAUUCCCAAUGUCUUCAUGUCAAAUUGGAGCAGACCGGUUGCCUCACAAGCAGGACACAGUCACCCCCGCUGUACCAAUAAUGCAUUUCAGCUGUCUAUGUGUAUUUAGCAGUACAGGUUGGAAAACAUUUGAUUCGAUCUGAAGUGUAAAAACUGAGUGAGCUCAUUGCAUUUUCACCCACCUACCAGCUGGUUCCUGGAAAUAUUUUUUAUUACGGCUUUUUUUUUAAUUAAAGAUCUAGAGCGCCCUUUUUUAUAACCCGACGGCACGAUGACACUUUUUCCUGUCUGACGCAGAUAUUGGUGGAGUUCAAACUAGGUUUUAUAAAAGAGUGUCAGAAUAAAAAAUUAAACCGUUUUUGAGGUUCUUGUGCUACUGAAAAUUGCAUCUUUGCGUGUCUAAUGCCAAAAUAUUGCAAUGCAUCCACCUGGCACAGGGAAUAUUGCUGUACUUUCCACAGGCUGGUGGCAUACAGUUGCAUGCAUUCUCACUCGCGUAUUAACAUGUAACUCAUCACAGUCAAUCCUGUUUCCUGGUUGUAAAGUAUCAUUGCAUGUUAUUUCUGUCCUGUUUGCCAAAAUAUGGAGCAUGUCCUAACACAAAGAAAUAAUCUUUUCUAUAUCUGUAAUAACAGAACUGUGUUAUUGAAUCAUGUUGACCGUUACUAUGUGAAAAUAUACAGCGAGGCUGUGUUGGCAUGUUCAUCUGAUACUGGUCUCAGGCAGCCCUAGCCACAUAAAGAAGAAAAUGUGUACUGUGUCCACUUUUAUCCGUUUUUAUCAGGUCAAUAAAGUUAUUGAAUUAAAAUCA